AUGCGUUCAAAAGGCCAUGAUUUUCAAGGCAACGCCAACCGGUUAGUGAAGCACUUGAAGGGACAGCGGGCUAGCGCGUGGAGCAAGAGCGCACCUCGAGAGGACGAUCUGUCAGCCUGCAAAAAUGCCUUCGGUCGAUCUGACGUCCUUCCAGGCAACAGACGCGUCGCGAAACGCCAGGUCACGUUUUGGACUCUACGCGACUCGCGAGAGGCUAAGAUCCACAUGCACUGA